AUGUCUAGUCAUGUUGAUGAGCCCAUAGUUACGGAUAACUUGGAAUUCCUGAAGGAAGGUGAAAUUUUCACCGAUGCUGAAACAGGCAAGAAAUAUCGAGUUAAGAAGACAAUUUUACCUGGUUAUGCCUCAUCUGGACCUCAUGGACUAGGUGAUCCUGACGACAGAACCUUACGCCGGAUUGAAGCUGAUGUUAUCAUCCCAAAUAGGAUGAACGCUCGAAUUGAAAAAGUCGAAUGUCACGAGUCGUAUAUGGAUCUGGUCAAUUGCAUGCGUGAAAAGGGUGCUGUGAAGGGAUUAAAAUUGUGCAAACCCGAGCUGGGGGUGUUCAAUCACUGCAAGUUUUUGAAAUUUAACGACACAGAAUUCCGGGAAAGAAUGACUGAAGAAUAUCUACAAGAAAGAUCCGAAGCACGUCGAACAGGCAUGACUGUACGGCAGCGAAAACUCGAAGAAUACCGCAAAUGGAAAAAAGAGCAUGAGAGUGCCUGA